AAUUUAAAGGGAAAACCUCAUUUUCCACGUAAGUGUGCUUCUUUCGCUACAAGAGUCAAAAUUGUUGGAACUGUUCGGAUAUCGAGAACGGACCAAUGUCGCCGGCGCCGGAAAUUGGGAUUGCAAUUUUUCUGUUGAAGGAUGAUAACAAAAUACUGUUCGGCCGUCGUCUCGCCUCCUCAAUAGGCGCCUACACCUUCGCCCUCCCCGGCGGCCACCUUGAGUUCGGUGAAAGUUUUGAGGAAUGUGCAGCAAGAGAGGUGAAAGAAGAAACUGGACUACACAUCAAGAAUAUAGAGUUAUUAACAGCAACCAAUAACAUCCUUCCCGAUGCAGUGCAUCUCGUUAUUGUUUACAUGCGUGCACAUUUAUCAGACCCAAGCCAAAUACCUCAUAACCUCGAGCCCGAUAAGUGUGAGGGUUGGGAUUGGUAUGACUUGAAAAACCUACCUGAACCAAUUUUUGGACCUUUGGGAUUAAUGCUGCAAGAUGGCUUCAAUCCUUUCCCUACCAUUACCAACUCUAAAGAACCUUUUGCUUAGGUAGUUAUGCAAAUGGGUUUUUAAGAUUAAACCCUCACAUGUCACAAGUUUUAUUUUCGCACAAUAACCAUGCGAUAAUAUUAGUUCGUCUAGGUAUUCUGUUGACAUGGAUUGGAUAGAGUAUUUGUGUUAGAUUCAUAGAUCUUUGUAAGAAAAUGUAUCUUAGAACUUUGUGUUGAAGUCUAUGCAUAUUUCAAUCUACAAAGACGAUGGGAUUCGUCUUUUUGAUCACCUUUCUUGUGUCUACAACCGAUGAAUUUGGACUCCUAUAU